ACGCGGAGGCUUCGCGAGUUGCCGACUUGCCGUGGACUCGCACAGAGGACGUUAGCCCACGACCGUCCGCCGCGCUGCACGUAUCGCCCCGCGCCCGCGACAACAUUACUACCGUGCCAGGUGUCGGUGCCGUGAUGGUGUAGACCGUGUUACAGUGCGUGUGUGCUCGACGUUACCAUACCUGUGCGGAUUGUCGGAUACCUUCCAGUGUCACAAUGGGAGAAUCACUGCUGAAAGAAGACCCUCUGUCUAGGAUCCAACGCGAGAUCAUAGAGGUGACAGAGAGAGAAAGAGAAUUCAAAGAGGGACAUUUUCGAAUGAACAGACUAAUGUCGGAGUCCACCAUCGACGUUAAUCAUCAGAACGGCCAUGUGAAUGGUGAUGCGGAAGUCAAGCCGCAGAAGAGCCUCAAUAGAGCCGUUUCUACCUCACACCUGCUGGGUCCAAUUGCACCUUCGCCUCCUGUUACUCCCGCACUCCUCAACACAAAUGGAUACACGAGGCGGUUUACUCCUCAAACGGGAACAAAAGGUAUUAUGCAGCGAUUCAUCGCAAACAAGGGUAAGCUACCAACCCCCACAGGAGGACAAAUUCCUACAACCCCUAUAACGCCAAUCGUGCCGCCUCUCGUGUUCCCUACAUCCCCGGUAAUCGCCCCGGUGGUUACCCCUCCCGUCAUUGACCGCACGCCUGAAGGCAAGCCGGUCAGAAAGGGCUACGUGCCUGUAGAGGAAAAAAUACAGAAAGAAUUACAGGAAAUGAAGGACAGGGAACACGAGCUGAAAAAGAUGAGAAAAAAGCAAAAGCCGUAUGACCUAGAGUUGAGUGACAACGAGACAACCUCCGAGUCAGAAGACGAGGAGAUUCCCAUGCCUGGGAAACUGAAGGCGACCAAGUCAAUAGGCGAACUGUAUGAGGCGCUGAACGAGGAGCUGCGGUCGCCCUCACCUAGAAAUAGUUCAGGACAUGACUCCAUUGGUAGCCUGAAGCCCGCUAAGUCGUUGGCGGAGCUGUGUACACUAGCCCCAGGAGAAGAGUUCCUUGCGCCUAGCUCCACGCGACUCAUAGCAAAGUGGGAGUCCCUCAUACAGCAAAAACAAGAGGCUGGCGCAGCUUAGGAUCGUUUCAAAUGUUCGAAAAGGCUAACUGGUUCAAAUAUGUUGAUAUGGGCGCGUGACGCCAACUAAACACCGUCGCGUUUGGAGGCAGCUGCCGCAUAGUGAAAAUUAUAUGCAAGCCCGAAAGUGGUACCGUCCGGGUGGCUUCAGUUCGUGCGCGGAUAUUGUUCGGUUCGGUGUAAGAACAGGUGUGAAUGAAGUUAUUAUGUAUUCAAUAUCGGCUCGGUGCAGUACACAUGUUGUGUACAGUAAAAUCUCAUAAGUGCGCGUUUGUAGUCUUGAUUUGUUGAUCGAUUUCUUUCCCUGGCAAUCGAUUGUGAAGCAAUUAAUUUUCUCUAGAUAGCGAACAAUGCAAAUGAUGGUUAUCCGUAACAGCAAUUAUCUCGCGCGCUCGCGCACUUGGAAAGCGACCGACACACGAUGCGAACUCGUCUCUGAAGUGUGAGUAACAAGGUUUCUUCCUAUUGUUUCACAUCACUGUGAGCUGAAAAACUUAAUACAUUUUUUCGGCGCGGCGCCGCUUUCCCGUGCACUGUUGUUCUUGUAAAGCCUGCAAGGUGCGCGAGCGCCGACACUUUGUGAUUGUGAGAAAAUGUAUUGAUCGUAAGAAGUAAGCGAACAACACCUUGAAAUCAGCUCCCAGUAUUGUCGAGAUAUCGCACUCGCGUUCAUUUAUGAGCCAUUAGACCGAGUUUCCGGUUUAGUUUGUAAGCAUUUAAGUAGUGGCGUCGAUGCAAAGUUUUCACAACACAUCCAAAAUGAUUCAAGUAAUUAAUACAAAGAGUAAUUUACUUAAGAUGGCUUUCGCUUUUAGUUAAAGUAAUAAUGAUUCCGAGCGAGGAACAAUAUGAUUAACUCUUAUCUGUUGCACUUUCGUUUAUUGCAUUCACUAUGCCGCGGCCGCGGCGGCGCGGUUACAUGAUUUAUUCAUCGUUCAAAGAUUAUAGCAUUCUUUCACAUAAUUUUAAGACGUGUGUAGCCCGUAGAGCGGCGCGCGGUGUUCCACUCAGUGCGCCUGCGCAGCCCGCCUCUGGAUAUGAACUAGUCGAAGCUGGACUUCGUAUUUUGUAUUUAUUGUUAUUUAGAAUUACAUCGAUUUUUAUAGAAAUGUCGCUAGGUCACUAAUCAGAAAACUUGGCCAAUCUCUCAGUUGGCUUGUAGUAACAACCUGAUGUAUAAUGUAUGUUGUACCUCUUCAGCAUUCAAUGUGUUCUAUUUUCUAUCUAAAAGAGUUGGUAGAACUAAUCAGAUAUAUCCAAGAAUUUUUGUAUUUUUCGAAUUUAUUAAACGAAUUGAGCCUUUUACGAAAUGACAAAAUGUAUUGUAUUAGUUCGUGUCUCCCGCCCUCGUCAGCUAUGAGCCUGCAUUGGCUGCAGUGUGUCUACUACCGACUACGUACUUACAAGUGUGAUGUUAUAGUGAAAUAACUUUCAUUGUUACAAGUGUCAAAUAGACUGUGCCUUACAUUUUACACUAGAAUUUAGCACAAUACUAAGUGUAAAGCAAAUAAUAUGCGUAACUAUGUAUUUGUACUACUGAACUGACGAAGAUAUUAGUAACGCCGGUUUCUUAUAGUGAUCAUCAUGGCAUGAUCGUGUCUAUGAAGUCUUUUAUUGAUCGACUGCAAAAAGGAGGCAAUCAAUUUCCUGUAAUGACAGUUCUUGUAAAACUUUCUACUGAAAAUAACGUUCGUUACUAUAAUCUUCGCAGUGUUGCCUUAAACAUGUGAAAUGUGAACUUUAAUAGGUAAUACUUUAUUAGCACUAGCAACACCACGUCACUAGUACUAAAUGUAUAAAUUAUUUAUUAGGUACUUAAACGAAACAUUUCCUCUAGCAUAAUAAAAUAAAUUAGUCAAAUUAAUU